AACGCGGAAGACGGAGAUGGGAAAUGAGCAGUUGAGAGCUUGGAGCUCUUGUGUGAGGCACAGCACGUGAUGAGUCAGCAGUGACAGCAUCCGUACAGUGAUUCGUGCAGUGAUUCGUGCAUUUAGGCGCCGGUACUUGAUUAAACGCCAACGCCAGUGCUUGAUUAAACACCGGUGGCGCUUUGGCCGCUGUGCCUCACAAUUCUAAAGCUAGAAGGGUCAUGGUCAUGAUGGUUCUAAAGUUGACAUACGGCGUGUACUGCGCAAUUUCUCACCAGUCGUCUUCCCAAGGGUUGGUCGUGACCUCAGGUGAAACACUGAGGUGGUAGUGAUUCGGUGGCGCAGUGAGCAUUGCCAAGUGUUGAUGCAUUGAAAUCUCAUGGUGGCGCAUGCAGUUGAGCGGCGCAGCCCCCACAGUCUCUCAACCCAUUUUACCUGCCUACAUUUAGGCAAGUCUCCCCAGCCCCCCAGAUGGCUCGUCGCAUUGGUUCCCGUGGCUGUUCAUUGUUCUUUUGUCCGAGACUCACCAUUCUUGAAAAUUGUUUGGAGGAUCAUGCGCAAUACCCGUAGCAACCGACAGUGGGACGAUAUUGUCGAGGUCCAAGGACCGGCCUACUGGUUGGAUGUAUCUCGUCAUGAUCAAUUCAACAGGGUUCCAUGUGGCGGUGAAGCGGCUCGAGGUGACCGGGAAGCCACGCAGGAAACCACCCCGGAGUCCAAGAUGGUUUUGAAGUUCUCAACUCCUCCUCACAAUGGCACUCCGUGGUUCUGGUUCGGUCAGAGUGAUGGUCCGGAUACCGAUGUCCUCAUAAGCUCCUCGAUAGCCGUUAGUAGAUGUCACAUCCAACUCGGGUUUGAUGAUUGGGGCCAGGUCGUGAUAAAGGAUGUCUCGAGGUUCGGUACCGAGAUUACCUACACACAACUUCGCACCAUAAACGGAGCAGACGCAAAGCUAUCUCCACAAAUACACGAAAUUACCGGUGAUAAGAUCAACCCGUCAGUGUGGGUAGUCCCCGUCGGGUGGAAAGUCCUCAUUAAAUUAGGCCGAGUCGGACUCCAAAUAAGCCUCCAAGUGCCGGACCAUUCGGACCAUAUGCAAAAGUAUCAGGAGAAGGUCCGUGAGUUCAAAGCUGAACAGAACAAUCCGAUGCCUUUCUUGGGGGGGCUCGCCCUUGACAGCAGGGAGAUUACGACUGGUGGCUUAUUGCCAACAGUGAACCGUCAUACGCAUGAUAGCAGGAAAGGUCGCUACGCUUGGAUCAUUGGCGACAGGAAACUUGGCAGAGGCACGUUCGGACAAGUUUUCGAAGUGUUCAACAGCUCAAACUGGGCUAGGUGCGCCGGCAAACGCCUUGAACAGGGCGACGAGCUUGAGCGCGAACACUCUCUGAUGAGCAAGCUGGAUCACAAACACAUCGCUCGCUACAUCGAUGUUCACUACAUCAAUGGUUUUACCCCGAUGAUAAUAAUGGAAUACUGCGGCCUCGGGUCACUCGACAAGCAACAGAAGGACUCGAGAUUUGUCCAGGACGAGGUCAUUGCCAUCAUUACCCAAAUUGCUUCUGCUAUCGCCUACCUCCACAGCAACAGCGUGACGCACCGCGAUCUCAAGCCAGCAAAUAUACUCAUCCGUUCCAGAGAGCCGCUUGAGAUUGCAGUGAGCGAUUUUGGUGUGUCGAAGCAGGGAGAGUCCGCCAUGGCGACAGUAAUUGGUACACAUUAUUAUAUGGCCCCCGAGGUUCUAGCAAGGCUUUUUGACGACGAUGAUCACAAGACCAAAUAUAACAACAAGUCGGACAUCUGGUCAUUAGGGAUUGUGGCCGUCGAGCUGAUCAACGGAAUGCUGCCCACACUCGGAGUCACGACCUGGGAAAUCUUGGACCUCAGCUACGCCAGGGCGAUGGCAGAAUCCUGCGAUAAGCUUUUGGCAUCCUGCGGGAACAAAGACUUCGCUCGUCUGGUCAGAGAAAUGCUCUCAUGGGACCCUAACGCGCGCCCUACCGCCGCUGAGUGUUUUAAGCGUGCCUCAUCAUUGGUCUCAAAAGGUGCAAAGGGGAAAUCUCCAGCCCAGCGAUCCGAAAGUGGGCAUGUUGACGCCUCGGUGAUGCGGCUUAACAACUUGAAGCGCCAGCCGUCCGAUCUCAGCACAGCAGCAGAACCACCUGCUAAGAAGGCCAAGGCUUCUCAAGCAUCUGGGCAAUCGGCAUCCAACCCAGGAACAGUAUUCCCUACUCCUUUGGCCAGAGAGCUGGACAAGAAUGAAUCUUAUCGACCCAGCGCUGCGGCUGGCGGUGGCGACUCUCGUUCUAAAGGGGGAUUUUAAAAUACUAUUAUGAAUAAAAUCUAUUAAGGGGUUAAUGUUAUAUUAAGUUUUAAUAUUAUAUUAGAAUCUUUAAAUAUAUUUAUAUUAAAUUUUAUAA